GUAUUUGCAAAAUCAACCAUAUAGUCACCUGAUUUGAUGGUCCAUAAUACAAUAAAUUUUGGUCCCUGGCUGCCUUGCCAACGUUUAGCUGAACAUCAUAAUUCAUUGCUCAUUCUUACAUCUGUCACCCAGUGCUCAUCAAUCUUAUCCCACACUUCUCCUAGCAUAGUGUAAAAAUUAUAACAUAAAGCUAUUUUAUAAGUGCACAUAUUUUUACAAUUAUUACACUGCAUGCAUCCCAUUUAAAACUGGACAUAAAGACAUGUCCUUCUGCAUAAAGAGCUGCAGCUGACUCCCAGGAGCGUUUGAUGUAUGUCCCAGGCGCUCACCCAUGCUGGAAUGGGUUUAGAAAGGCUCUAGCUGGAUGCUCUCUGCCUGUCCUGUGGAGAGCGUCUCUGUGUUUGUCUUUGGUUGGUGACAGAGAGGAACAUGUGGUUCUGCGCUGGCCAAUGCUGAGCCUGGACAGGGACAUCAGCACUCAGACUAACAGCAGUGUUGGCACAGCAGAGGGAUCCCUGCCACCCCUGCAGGAAGCCGACACAGGAAAAACACAGUGAGAGAGAGAGGGAGGGGUGAGAGAGUGAUUAGUAACAGAAAGAAGAGGCGAACAGGAUGCAGUGGAAGAGGGAUUUUGCAGAGCAGUCAGCAGAGAGGCGAAAACAAACACAAGGAAAGACUGCUGUGUGACCAGAUUCACAAGAUGUAAAGCAGCUUCAGGAGAAACCCUGCCUGCUUGUUUGCCACUGAUGCUCUGCAACAACAACAGCAGAGGACUUGUUGUGUUUUCAAGGAUAGMGAAGGUGGAGAGGUACAAUGUGAGAAGCCCUCCUGUGGCCAAGAGGAUGACAAAUUAGCCCUUAUUCAGCAAGGAGAGACAGGAGUGCUCCGAGGAUCUGGAGAUGCUGUCUACAGCUCAGCAGAUGCUGCAGGACAGCCGUUCCAAGAUCGAGCUGAUCCGAAUGCAGAUUAUCAAAGUCACCCAGACUGGUGUUGGGGAUGGGAGCAGCAACCAUGACAGCACCAAUCAUGGAGAAGGAAGUACCCCAGUGGGUGUAAAUCCCCUGGACAUCCAUGUGGCUGAGUUAAAACACUAUGUCCAGAGAGAGACAGAGGUGGUGAAGGUGGCCAGGGAUGUGGUGAAGCAGCUUGAGGAGCUGCCAUCCCAGGACCAAUUAGCCCUGGCUGAGGCCCGGUCCCGUGUGCAAGACUCUUCUCAGAAGCUAGAUCUUCUGCGACUUUCUCUGGAUCACCGCCUGGGUGAGUCAUCUCAGGAGGCUCUCCGGGAGCCUGUCACCAAAAAGGGGCUCCCUACAGUAUCCCCACCCCAGGAGGGACAACAGCAAAAUUGCCUACUUUGCUCCUUCCCCUCCUCCACCUCCUCAUCCUUUCUCAAGGCGGCCUCCCUAACAGGCACACUUGAGGUCAUGCUUCUGGGAUGUGAGGACUUGCUGAAAUCACUGCCAGGACGAGGCCAAAUAACCAGUGGAUCGUCUUCUCCGGAGAGCCCACCAGAUUUCCAUGUCAACAGCCAACCUGAUCACACAGAAAACCUCUCCUUGGAGAUAAGUGCAGUGUUGAAACUGGAUAACAGAGUGGUGGGUCGCACCCACUGGAGACCUUUGAGCAAGCAGGCCUGGAGACAAAACUUCAGCAUCCAACUGGAGCGGUCUCGGGAGCUGGAGAUUGGGAUCUUCUGGCAAGACUGGAGGGUGAUGUGUGCAGUCAAGUACCUGCGCCUGGAAGAGUUCCUGGACAACCAACAACAUACCCUGUGUUUGUGCCUGGAGCCCCAGGGAACACUCUUCACUGAGAUUACGUUUGUCAACCCUGUGAUUGAGCGCCAACCCAAACUAAGGCGUCAGAGGUGCAUUUUCACAAAAGAGAAAGGGAAGAACUUCCUUCGUGCUGCCCAGAUGAACAUGAACUUUGCCACAUGGGGUCAUCUGAUGAUGAGUGUCCUGCCUCAAUGUUCCUUUACCACUUUAAGUCCGUCUACUUCCUCUGAUGUUGUGGUCAACCCCCCACCUUCUACCAAUAAGGCCACUCGGUCAACCCCCUUACUGCCAGGGGAAGUGCCGGUGAUUAGUCUUAACAUAAGUGAGGAGUGUUUAGCAUUUAAAACGUUUAGCGUUGACCAAGGAAGAAACAUCCCCAACACGGUGUCAACAGCACAGAAAACACCACCUAUGCCUACUCUGACAGAAAAAGAGUCCUCCAUUGAAAACUACACAGAGAGAACAAGGAUGCAGAUGGAAGAUUUCAAAUGUAUCUCUGUCCUGGGAAGAGGACACUUUGGAAAGGUACUUCUAGCUGAGUUUAAGAAGACAGGAAAACUCUAUGCCAUUAAAGCCUUGAAGAAGAGGGAUAUUGUAACCCGUGAUGAAGUGGACAGUCUUAUGUGUGAGAGGAGGAUCUUCGAGAUGAUCAAUGCAUCGAGGCACCCUUUCCUGGUCAACCUGCACGGCUGUUUCCAGACCAGUGAGCAUGUUUGUUUUGUCAUGGAGUACUCACCAGGAGGAGACCUCAUGAUUCACAUUCAUAAUAACGUCUUCUCUGAGUUGCAGACCAGGUUCUACUCAGCCUGUGUUUUGCUGGGUCUAGAGUUCCUGCAUCUGAAUAAGAUAGUUUAUCGAGAUUUGAAGUUAGACAACUUGCUGAUGGAUGCAGACGGAUUUGUUAAAAUCACAGACUUUGGACUUUGUAAAGAAGGGAUGGGGCAUGGCGACAGGACAUCAACAUUCUGUGGAACCCCAGAGUUCCUGGCGCCUGAGGUGCUUACUGAUGAUAACUACACACGAGCUGUGGACUGGUGGGGCAUGGGCGUCCUUAUCUUUGAGAUGCUUGUUGGAGAAUCUCCAUUCCCAGGAGAAGAUGAAGAGGAGGUGUUUGACAGCAUAGUUAAUGAUGAUGUUCAGUAUCCUGGAUGCCUCUCUCCAGACUCCAUCUCCAUCAUUCAAAAGCUUCUUAAGAGGAAUCCAGAGAAAAGGCUGGGAGCCGGAGAAGGGGACGCAAAUGAAGUCAAGGGAGAGAAAUUCUUCAAGACUAUAGACUGGGAUGCACUGCUAGCUAAAAAAGUGAAACCUCCGUUCCUGCCAAAAAUUAAGGAGUCUGUGGAUGUCAGUAACUUUGACAGCGAGUUCACGAGUCUCCAGCCGAUCCUGUCACCUCCUCCCGUGUCCUGCAGCCUCUCCCCUGAGCAGCAGGAGGCCUUCGCAGAUUUUGACUUCUCAGCCCUGCAUGGAUGAAGCAAUCAGAGACCAGGGUUGCAUCCAGCUCAUGAAACGGUUGCAUGAACAGUUCCAUAGCACAACCUUUUCAUAACUGACAAUAACUGAAUGUAGCUCGCCCCAAUGGUACAUGUAGAUGAGGCGGACUGUCCUCACUUCCAUCAAAAGCCAUCAUCAACAAACCCAACCAAGCAGGAUAUGGGAUAUCUGCAAGUGGAAAGUAAUUUGAAUGCAACCCUGGUAUUUCUGUGCCAUGAAUUUGUCUGACGGCCAGGUUCUAUGACUGUUUCAUUGUUUAUAGUACCCAGUGACAUCCAAACAUUAACACUAGUGUGUAAUGCUCUGGAUUUCACUCAAAUAAAAUUGGCUGCCAUCUAAGAAACAUAAAGGAUUUGAUGAGAGGUCUAAUGUGGACAGAAUUUGAGCAUGCUUUGUGGCCUUUGCUUAUUUUGCUAUUAUCAGAUAACUGUUCCCUUCAGAGAGGUACACGCUGCCAUUUCUAUGCAUCACUGUGAGAGGCUUUGCCCACUGCCUUGACUGAGCAAAUGAAAAAGGCUGUUUAUUCCUGUUACAAUAUGUCUUUUCAAAAUGUUGUUCUGUGUGAAGAUGAAAAAUUCCAUGUUCUCAUACCUGGGUCCAGUUAUUCCCUACCGAUGUGUGUUUAACUACUAACUCCUACUAACAUAUCUACCUUCUACCUACCAGCCAAUUUAUUAUUUUUAGAGUGACUAAAAUGUGCAUGGCACACUUGUUGUGAACUUAGUUUUAUGUAGACAUUUUCAUGAGAGAAGCCAUUAAAUAAGGUAGCCAUAUUUAUGAAUAAACCAAUAUUGUGGGAUUGAGCACUUAAUGCAAUAACGAGUGAGAUUGUGAAGUGAGAGGCUGAUAGUUGAUUAUGAUAGAAAUAGUAUUUAUUUUGCUAUUAAAACAGUUCAAUAGUUGCUGCUAAUAAUUAUGCAUUACUGUAUGAAUGUAUGUGGAUUACCACAAAGAAAUGUAAAUGAGACAAAAUGAAUGCAUAUUCAUUGAAAUCAUUAGUGUUUUAUUGUGUUGUCUAUGUCAAUAAAUACAAAAAUAUGAAUA